AUGGCGCACUAUCUAAAGAACGACUUCAAAAAGGCAUGGGAAUAUGGGGAGCAACUCAAGAGCAUCGACAGCCAUCAUCAGCCUGCCUUCUGGUGGUCUCUUAUGACCAUUGCGAUGUCUCUAGGACGCGAAGAAGAGGCCCUCGACUGUCUCCUCCACAUCGAAGAUGAAAGCUACUGGCAAGAUGAGCUCUACCAGCAGUGGUUCGUGCGUCUGCAUAUUAAGGCGGGGCUCCACAGAGAAGCCUUUCGUCUCUGUCUCCAGCAACAAGGAAGCGCUGGCUUCCUCAAGCUGAUGCAGCAGUGCGCGGAAGACUGCCAUGUACUGCAGCACUACAGCACUGCCCUUGAGGCGUUCUCUAUCAUCUUGCAGUUGGACCCCACACCCCAACACAACCAGGGCUUUCGCGCUGCUGCUGCGGGCCUUGUACUUCAUAUUGCACACGGCAAGGAAACAGUGGAGACACUGCCUUGGCUGCAGCAGCUGCUAAGGAGCGUAGAUGUUCCUGAGCUGGAUGAGAUACGAGGAGCAGCAGACCGUCUCGCGCUGCACUUUGCUGAGCAACAGCAGCAGAAGAUGCUUGAAGAAACACACGAGGCUUGA